GGAACAUAUUAAUUCCGGACAAAACCUGUCGAAGAACAUUCCCGAAAAAGAAUAAAGAGAGAAGACGAAGCCCUAGCGUGUUUGCCUUCUCCUUCCUUUCCUUACGAUUCGUUAUCAAUUCGCUCUCGUAGCUUUCAGGAGCCUUGCUUGCUUCGCUACGCUUCUCCUCUUGGUCUAAUCUUAGAACUCUUACUCGCAUCAGAUGCACUUUUGGUUAUAUUCAUACCAAAAUGCAGAUUUUCAGCUGCUUUCUGAAUCCAAAUGGACUGCAAGAAGUUCAUGCAGAUGGUCGAGGAGAAGAGAAGGCAAAUUCUUGAGAAGAAAGAAGCUCCUUUGAAAUGGGAGCAGAAGCUUGAGGCGGCUGCUAAGGCUGCUGAAACCAAAGAAAAGAGGUCGAAGAAGCGAAGAAGACAGAGUGGUGAGUCUGAAUCUAGCUCUGAAAGUGAUAGUAGCUAUGAGUUGAGAAGAAAAUCGAGAAGAACUCACAGUAAGCACCGAAGGCAUUCAGAUGACAACGAUAGGAAGAAAGAUAAGAGAUCCAGAAGGCAUAAGAGGAGGUCCUCAAGUUCAAGGGAUGAUAGCAGUGAUGAGUACGAAAGCUGGUUAGAGGACGAGCACAGGGUGAAGAAGAUAAGGAACCACCGGAGGCACAAGUCGCAUAGCUCAGGACAGACUUCUGAUGAUGACACUGCUGAAGAUGCCAGAAGAAGGCAUGCUAAGCAUCACAGGCACGGUGAGGUGGUUACUUCAAGUGAUAACGAGGAAGAGAGAGGAGGAAGAAUAAGACACAGGCACAACAGAGGUUCAGCUACCUCCAGCGACUCAGACUCAGAAGAUAGACGGAAGAAUAGAAAGAGAAGGGAACAUAAAAGGUAUCGAUGGGAAGAGUCUUCAAGUGAGGAUGAUGGAGCAACGCGAAGGAGAAGGCAUAAUCAUAAACAUGACAGAGAGUCAUCAUCCGAAACUGAUGGAAGGGUGUCAGAUGAGAACAGAGAGCACAACAGCAUAGACAAGUGAAAAUGUGAACGGGCAUUAAAAAGUGAAAGUUGUUUAAUUCUUACCAUCAUCAGAACUGAAUGUUAUGUGCAUCCCAGUCAAAACUAUUGUGUUUAACUGCUUGUGAUACUCUCUUAGGUUAUUUUUCAUUUUA